AUGGCCGUGUCCCUGCUGAGGCUGGCCUGCACUGCCGCUUUCCUGUCGACGGGCCUUGCGCAAAUCCACGUGAGAGACAAACCGGAUGCCGCCGUGGCUGUUGUGGAUUCAUUGGAUUUCUCGGACGCAGCAGAUGUCCAGGCUUCCACCAUCAAGGGCAUCAACUUCAGCUGCAAGUGCUACCCGGGUCAGUCGUGUUGGCCGUCAGCCGCCAAAUGGAAUGCACUCAACGCUACCGUCGAUGGGAAGCUGCUCGUCCAUAUCCCGCCGGGCGCUCCCUGCCACAACACCUUCAAAGGACCUCUCGGGGAGGUCCAAACGUACGAUGAAGCAAAGUGUGCUGAGGCCACCGAGAACUGGAAAAGCGAGUCAUGGAUUGUGAGCCAGCCAGCCGCCGCACUCUGGACCUACUUCACGAACGACACGUGCCGGCCGACGCAAAACCCAAGCGACAGCUGCACGCUGGGCUACUACGGCGUGUACGUGAUCAUGGCGACCACGCCGCAGCACGUCAAGGCCGGCAUCGACUUUGCGCGGCGGAACAACGUGCGGCUGAUUGUGCGUAACACGGGCCACGACUUCAUCGGCCGCAGCACGGGCUACGGGUCGCUAGUCAUCAACACGCACAGCUUCCAGCAGAUCGACUGGAUCGAUGCGUACAGCGGCCCCGGAAGCUACAAGGGGGCAGCCGUCACCAUCGGCGCGGGCGUUCAGGGGCAGACAAUUCUGGCCGCAGGCCACGCCCGAAACCCGCCGCUCGUUGUCGUGACCGGCGAAUGUCCCACCGUAGGCAUUUCCGGCGGCUUUAUCCAAGGCGGAGGCCACGGCCCCUGGACGACUCUGAAGGGACUUUCCGCCGACAACGUUCUCUCCUUCGAAGCCAUUACCGCCUCGGGGAAGUACGUGACCGCCAACGAGAAGCAAAACCCGGACCUGUUCUGGGCUCUCAAGGGCGGCGGCCCGGCAUCGUUCGCCGUGAUCCUAUCCGUCACAAUGAAGACAUUCCCAGACAUCCCCUCAGCCGGCGCAACGCUGUACAUCAACAGCACGCACACCACAGACGCCGACGUAUGGUGGAACGGCACAGCGACCUUCCACAAGUGGUCCAACCACUUCGUCGACAACGGCCUCUACGUCUAUUUCGAGAUAGGCCCGAUGUCCCUGCGCGCCCGGCCCUUCGUCGGCAUCGGCAAGACCUCCACCGAGUUGCAGACUGUCCUCCAGCCUUUCCUCAACGAGCUCUCGGCCAAGGCCAUCCCUUUCGAGUUCGUCACCAAGGACUUCCCGACCUUCUACGACCUGUACAUUGACCUCUUCGAGCCGGAGGGCGCGGGCGACGCGGCGCUGACGGGCGGGUGGAUGUUCAACCACGACGACGUGGCCACCAACAACGACGGCAUCAUCGCCGCCUUCAAGACGGUCAUGUCCCCGCGGCCCGAUCUGCUGGGUUUUAUGGUCGGCCACCUGUUCAACCCGGGCUAUGGCGCCCCCGUGAGCAACAGCGCUACGCAUCCGGCGUGGCGCAACGCCACGGACUUUGUCAUUGUUGUGUUGCCUGUGCCGGCCGGUGCGUCGCUGGCGCAGAAGGCCGAUUUGCAGCAUGUUUUGACGAAUACUAUGGAUGAGGCACUCAGGAAGGCCAGCACGAGUGGGUGUACCUAUGUCAACGAGGCCGACCCGUACCAGCCGAACUGGCAGAGCCAUUUCUGGGGCGACCAGUACCCCAUCCUCAAGGCGCUUCGGUCCAAGUGGGAUCCCAUCGGUGUGUUUUAUGCCGUCUCAACGCCGGGCACUGAGGGUUGGGAGGUCAUUGAGGACGGAACUCGGUUGUGCAGGAAGCUUAAGCACGGACAUGGCGGCUCCCAUGACGGAGAUGGCUGCGCAUCAUGGCUUCGACAUCUGCUCGGCAUCCACGUCGAGAAGCGCAUCUUGUUCGCCGGCUUCCUGAUCACCCUGUCCUUUAGCUUCACCCAGGUCCCAAUAUUCUACGUCUUCCAUCUAAUGGAAUGCGACGUCUUCUACAGCAACCCCAACCACGCGCCCUAUACGGGGCCCGGCGACCGGUGCAGCCGCAACGAGAUCGCGGCCGGCACAGCCACGCAGUUCUCCAUCCUCGGCAUGAGCACCACCUUCUGCGGCACCAUCAACCUGUUUGUGGCGGGGUGGAUGGCCAAGCGCUUCGGCCCGCGCGCCGCGCUCAUGGUGCAAACGUUUGUGCCCGCGAUCCGCGUCGCGACCCAGAUCCUGGGCGUCGUGGCGGGCGGGCAGGCGGGCAUCAUCAUCUUCCAGUGCACGCAGCUCAUUACUGUUGUGGGAGGGCCCGUCGGGUAUAUUCUGGUUGCAAACAUCAUCGCCGGCGAGGUCGUCGAGCCCGUGCGGCGCACUGCGGUGUUUGGCAUGCUUCAGGGAUGUUUCAUGCUGGGCCAGGGCAUUGGAUACCUGAGCGGGGGCAUGAUUGGAGACAUCUGGGGGAUACGACGGCCCUUUGAGGUGGCCUUCUGCUCCUUCCUGCUGUCGACCUUGUACGUGCGUCUUGCCAUCCCGUACAUUGCGCCGGAAACACUGUCGAGCGGCUCCAAGCCGAGCUCUAAGGGUGCCGCCGAAUUCUUCGCGCCUUUGCGCAUUCUCGCGCCCCAGAAGGUGGUCCUCGGCAGCGGUGUGGUCAUGAAGCACUAUGGGGUUCUGUUCCUUUGCGCUGGUGUCUUUCUCGGCGUGUUGGCCACCGACUAUGCCCCGCUGCUCAUCCAAAUGUACGCCACAGCCGUCUUUGAGUUCCACCAGGGCGACAACGGCUUCCUCAUGUCGGGAUUCGCGUGUAUGCGUGCGGCGUUUCUGAUUCUGCUUUUCCCCCGCAUCAUCAGCAGCGGCCGGAGAUGGUACCUGGCUCGGGGCUCGCGGGUGGAACGCCGUGAGGAGACCAGACCCCGAUCUCGGUCUAUGCUGGUGACAAAUCCCGAGGAGCUCGAGGCUCCAAUGGGCAGCUUUGCCGAGCAGGAGCCGGUGGGGUCCUCCGAGGCGAAGGACGACGAGGGAACUCAAUUCGACCUGUUCUUCCUUCGCAUCAGCCUGGUUGUCGACGGCGCCCUAACCAUGUGUACGGCUUUUGCCACGGAGGGCUGGCACAUCUAUCUCGGUAUCUGCCUGCUUGCUUCCCUUUGCUUCCGGCUCCGCGCCGGCGGCCAAGGGUGUCAUGGUGGAGAUGUGCCCCCCGUCGAAGCGGGCUGA